AUGGCAUUACCUUACUCGCCAAAGAAACUGUUUCGUUUCUUUGCCUUUGUUCUCUUGGCAUUCGCUCUCCUAUUAUGUAUCCCCUUGUUCUUUACUUCUACACCGCCACAGAAACCACAGAAACCACCAAUACAGCAACAGCAACAGCAGCAAAAACAACAAUUAACACCACCACCACAACAACAACAACAACAACAGCAGGGACAACAGGAACAGCAGGGGAACAAACAGCAAUCUAAACCAGAAAGCAUCCCAAUCCCACACAAACAUGUAUUCAAUGAAUGGCGUUGGCCCCAAUUUGAAAAUUGGUUACAAGAUUCCGCAUGGUCAUUUCCAAUCGCUCGUCAUCAUCACCAAACAAACCUUCGUCACUCAUCUCAACCUCUUUCAUUUAUACGCUCACUCCAGACAUACACCAUCCAAGGCCACGACCCAACUGCACUUUCUGGACUAGUAGCCAACAAACCUUUGGUAGCAGACAGUAACAAACUUGACAUCACUGCAAUUAUAUCUGUUCACUCCAAACAAGAAGCCAUCCAACGCAUCAAUUCUGUCCUAUCCCAAUCUAUCCAACCAUCCAACAUCGUUAUUGUCAGUCAGACUCACUCGAGUACAUCAAUUGAGGAAUACGUCAAAGAAUUAAAAGACCCACAAUCAGCAUCAUCAUUAUUAUUAUUAUCACAAUUAUCAUCAUCAUCACCAUAUUCUUCUUCUUCUCCUUCUUCAGAACAACAGGAAAUACAAUUACCACCACUCCAGUACAUCUCUAUUGACACCCCCGAAGAUGCACCUGCUGGCAGUGCGGCAUCUGCAGCCUGGCUACAAUUACUGCACAGUGUUGAGAGUGCCUGGGUCUGGGCAGUAGACACAGUUGUUCCCUCGGACGAGCUAGAAAACAUCUACCGUCUGAUGCGCACAUCUGAAUAUGAACAUGCACUUGUCGGCCAGCGAGGCGUCCUUCUACCCGCAAACCUCAACAAGGAUCCAGCCACUGCCAUUCUGUGCUUACCAGAUGCCCUUGACCUGUUGCCACGUGUGACCCAACCUGUCGACAUGGUCCAGGGCGCCUGGCUGCUCAAACGUGCCUGGAUACCCUAUCUCUUGGCCGAUCGAAGACCAGACAGCCUGGCAUCUCCCGUUGGACAUUUUGUGUCUCAAAACUUAUUGCAGCACGCCAACAUUCCUACAAUUCUGGCCCCCUUUGAGCCAUCGCCAUUACGAUCUUCAUCAUCGGUGUCUGCAGAUCAACAACAGGAAACGGCAGAAUGCCUAGAGGUCAAACACGCGUUCGAGACAAACACUCAGUGGCAAACUCUGUUGGCCAAACGCACCAGUCCAUCGGCCCUCGACAGCCGCCAGAUCACGGUCAGACAGCACCACGACAAGCACUCGGCCGUGUUUUUUGCAGACGGACCCGAACAAGCAAUUGCACUGCACCCGUUGAUCUGCCGAUUCAACCAGACGGCGCAUGUGGUCGUGACCGGACACUCCAGAGGAGGUCUUGGUGGCCAGGCUCUGCAGCUCGCCUUUGACCACACCAAUUGCUCGACCAGUGUGACAAUCCACGACCUUGAUCUCGAACCUCUUGAUGACCUUGCACUCACCUCGGCUGUGGUGUGGAAGAUGACCCGGCUGAUCCAGGUCAUCCGGCCACAGAUCCUCAUCCACAUCCAGAAUCCAAUGGACGAUGCACUUGCCCAGAUGGCCAGUCUGCAGCAUGUCGUGGCCAUUGCUCUGCCGGCCGAUGAUGUGCGGCAUGUGCUGUGGAUUGCAGAUCUGUCGCUCGAGACCCUUCAGUUCUGGCACACGAUUAGAAUCCAGCUUGUCGUCAUUACCGAUCGCCGUCCUCAUUCCUUGUCGCGUUUGCUGCAGUCGUCUGGACGGGCCCACUUUUUGGGCGACAAGGUCAACCUGGUCGUGCACAUGGAGCAGUCUGCAGACAGGGUUACGAAAAUGCUGGUCAACAGUUUUUCCUGGCACCACGGCGAAAAGACGAUCCGGCACCGUGUGCGCAAAGGCGGGCUUAUGCCGGCCAUCAUUGAGUCUUGGUACCCCAAUGACAAUGACGACUAUGCGGUGUUGCUUGAGGACGACAUCGAGGUCUCGCCGCUGUUCUAUUGCUGGUCCAAGUAUGCGAUUCUGAAGUACCGCUACGAGCAAUCCAAUCCUGCGCUGUACGGAAUCUCGCUUUAUUCUCCUCGCAACCUCGAGCUCUUGCCCGAAGGACGCCGUCCGUUUGACCCGGCGCUGGUUCUGGAACCCAUGCACCCACCCCGGAUGCCGUACGUUAGCCAAGUUCCCUGCAGCUGGGGAGCAGUCUAUUUUCCAGAACAUUGGCGCGAAUUCCACGACUACCUGACGAGCCGGAUCGAGGAUCUGCGCCAGGAGCACCUUUUGAACAUCACCGUGCCCGGCAGUCGAUCAGACCGGUGGAAGAAGUCCUGGAAAAAGUACUUUAUCGAGCUGGUCUAUCUGCGGGCGUAUGUGAUGCUCUACCCCAACUUCCAGCACUACGAGUCGUUCUCGACCAACCACCUGGAGUUUGGUACGCACGUCAAGAAGGCGCGCCUGCAGGUAGUCAUCGACAAUUUCCGGGUACCUCUGAUGGAGCGUGACACGAUUAUUGACCAGCUGCCCGGCCACCGCCUGCCAGCCUUCGAAGGGCUCCCUGUCCUGGACCUCUGGGGGCGUCUCAAGACACAUGCGAUGCUGCAGGACACGGCCGCAGUGUGGCAUCGCCAGGUAUCGGCCUGUGCACGCACCCACGGCCGAUACGACCCCCAGGAUCUCUUGUGUCCCUUUCCACACUCGCGGCAGGAGAUCGAGGCCAGCCUGGCAGCCGCAGCCGAAGCCGCCGAGCUCAAGCGUCGCCUGAAGCCCGUCAAGACAAAGGAGGCAGUGGAGCACAUUGAGUACGUGACGGUGUAUGUGGCGCCAGAUUCCGAAAAGCAGCAGCACUCGUUGUCGGUUGAGCAGGAAAUCCAGGAGCAGGAAGAUUAUCUCCCAAAGCCAAUCGAUGUGUCUGACAUGCUCAGUCUGGAAGAGGACCACGGGUUUGAGGAUGAUGAGAUGCAGGAUCUGGAGAGUGAGCUCGAUAGACUCAACCGACUUUAUUACCAUGUCUAUCCUCUUUCGUGGUACGAUGGCGCACCAGCCAACCCCCAUGAUAGAAAUGUAUAUAGAAGUGAUGAUGGCUUAACAUAUUAUUAA